GUCCCAUGAAUGCAUAAAUAGCUCGCAAGGUGCAAACGGAACUUGACAACAGGGUUAAGCUCACGCUGCUGUAUCCCAGAAUCCUCACCUGACCCAGAACAUUUGAUUUGCAUUUCGAAAUGGCUCACCAACCCAAAAUUGAUUUACUUCAGGCAGAGGUCGGCGAAGAAGACCAAAGCUUUUUUCGUCUCUUGGUCGACGGUCAUGCUAUCAAAUAUAUCACCAUUGAACCUGGUACUUUAUUUACAGCACUGAAGAUAUGUGCUUCGGUCCCUCAUUGGUCUCUCUCUUACCUGAACUACCUCCCGGAGAUUGGAAUGAUGCCUUGAUUACGAAAGGCGCCGACCAUCGACCACAUGUCACAGUCAAGCAGACUCAAUUGCCUGAGGUUCAGAAUACCUGGCAUGACACGUAUGUCGAUUACUUGAAGCUAUCAAUCCGACGAAAAAUACGAACAGGGAUAUAUGAAGUCGAAUGUUCAUCAUUCGACAGGGCUGUCGUCGCCAAAUUCGCCCGUUUUCCCUGGGAAAUCCGAUACAUUCAGAAUGAAACAACAGCAUAUCAAUGGAUAUCCGGUCAUGGCAUUGGACCCCAAUUUCUUGGCCACUUGACUGAAGAGGGCCGUGCUAUUGGGUUUCUGAUGGAAUACAUUACCGAUGCACGGCACGCAGUUGUCCAGGAUGUCGAGGCUUGCAGGAAGGUACUGUCACGGCUGCAUGGCUUAGGAGUCCGACAUGGGGACACAAAUCGAUUUAAUUUCCUCAUUCGCGAUUCCAAGGCCAUUCUGAUCGACUUUGACACAGCUCAAAAAUGUGACGACCCAGCUCGACUUCUGCAGGAGAUGGAAGAUGUGAGCGCGUGCCUGGAGGAUCUCAAUGCUAGAGGAGGCGGAGGCCUUCUCUGAAGGGUCCGUGUUGACACUAUCGCAUUCCUUUGAGUCGGAAGGUAGAUGGCUUUACUCGCAUCAAUCGGGAUGCCUCAUUUUUAUUAAGUUUCCAU